GGAGUAGAAUUCACUGUUCAUGGUCACGAUGAUCCGGAGGUGUCACACUCUCAUCUGUACUGCAAUGUAUCUGAUCUCCCGUCAAGUCGCAAAGUGACCGGCCUCCAAGGUCAUAGCUCAAAAUUCUUCAUGUGUCCAACUUGUAAAACACCUUCCUUCUCGCUUGCUCACCCAAGUUGUUUUGAUCCGUCAAAAUUCAAGUACCGAGACGACUGGAGGUAUAUCAAGUAUUCAUUUCGUUCACGUAAUGCAGACUCUGCAACUGCCGAUGCCAUUCAUGAGAAUCGAGGUGCCCGUUGGUCUGCCCUCAAUUACCUUCCGGGUUGGAUGCCUGCUCGUAGCUCCGUAGUCGAGUUUAUGCAUGCGGUGUUUUUGGGUCUGGUGAAGCAUCUUAACAAGAUCAUCCUCAUUAAGUCUGGUUUACUUAACGGAACGAGACUUGUCAAGCCAAUGGACCGACUUGAGGCCUUCUUUUCAGGGCUCGUUUGGCCAGUCGAAGCAAAUCGCCUACCGCCUUCACUUUCAACUGGCAAGGGAUCACCAAAAGCAGAUCAAUGGCGCAAUCAAAUUGCAGUCCUCUUUGUCGCUCUGUAUGAUGCGUGGGCAGUCGACGGCGAGAUCCCAGACCACAAUGCACCUCCCUCGGCGUCUAAUACCAAAAACUUCACUGCCCAAGCCACGAUGCAGAAAACUCUACGCUCACGGCUUUUGGAGCAUCUGCUCGCUCGCAAUGCACAUCCCUCUGAUGCUGAAACUGAACGUGUUAACUCUGCAAAGAUGGACCGUAAUUUACGUCGACAUUAUGCUGUAAUUCUCGAGUUCUCGGCUGCGGUGCGCAUCCUAUCAUCUCAAUCUAUCAGUCCAAACGAUGUUCGCAGAGGAUGUGUAGCAUUAUCUCAUGCUACACAGAGCUGGGCUCGCAUGGGAUGUCACCUGACACCGUACUUUCAUUUUGUUAAUCACUUUGAACAGCAGAUGUAUGAAUUCGGGCCCUGUUAUGCGACGUGGGCUUUUGCGUUCGAGCGACAUAAUGGCAAGCUCGCAAAGAUAAAUCACAACCAGCAUAAAGGAGGAGAACUUGAAGCUACACUGAUGCGACGGUGGUGGAGCAUUACAUUCAAUUACGAGCUUGUAUGUUGCCUUAUACUAUGCUCCUCGUUACUAGACUAA